AUGGACUUCAACUUGACGAUAUACCUGGGAAGUGAUGACAUCAAUAUCAAUGAUGAUGAUGAAGAUGAUGAUGAUGAUGAUGAUGAAGACGACAAUGAUGAAGCAUUGAGAGGAUUGCCAUUCAAUACAUGCCUUCAACCCAUCAAUGAUUUACAUCUAAGUAAAAAUCAAGACAUUUUCAGUAUAGCUCCAGGUGAAGGUCAAAUUCCUGUUGAUAUGCACAAAACGAAGGAUAUAAAAAAAUCUGUGGAAAUUUUAGAAACAAUCGAGCUUCAAAUAUUGGGAGGUCUUCAUAAAAUUAAAAGUGGAAACAGUACAGAGGGAGAAAAAGAUAUUGAAAAAGUUUCUAGAAAAAGUAAAGCGUCUUGUAAAUCGAUCAAAAUUAAACUCAAUAUGAUAGAAAAAGAAAUGAAAAAUUUAAAAGACGAAAACAAAAAACUUCACAAAGAAAAUAAGAAAUUAGCUGCAUACAAAACAGAAACUACAAAACUAAAGAAAGAAAAAUCAGACAUUCAAGAGGAACUCAACAAAUCACAAUCUGUUUUGUCAAGUUACCUCACAAAUAGUCUUGAUGACAAAGGAAUGAAUGAAGAGGGAAAAAAAUUCCGAUACAGAUUCUAA